UCAAGGCUUCCAUAGCGUUUGGCGGUUGCGGAGGUGACGGGGCGGGAGAACGAGGGGAGCGGCGUCGUCCCCAUCGCGGAGGCCGCUACGAGGCUCUCCUGUCUCCGCCCGGCCGUCAGCCGCUCCCCGCCCCGCCCUUCCCGUCGGUCGUUGGCGGAGGCCGAGCCGAUGAAGCCGGCUCAGGGUCCAGCGGUGGUGGCAGAAAUGCUUAUGGACCCUGUGCAGAGCCGUGUGGUCUUGGAGGACGUGGCCAUCUGUUUCUCCCAGGAAGAGUGGGGCCUCCUUGACGAAGCUCAGCGUUUUCUGUACCACGCCGUGAUGCUGGAGACCUGUGCGCUUCUGUCCUCCGUGGGUUGCUGGCACGGAGCCCAGGAUGAGGAGUCCCCUUCAGAGCAAGGUGAUCUUAUAGGAGGGUCACAGGUCAGGACUUUAACGCCAGGCCCACCCACCCAGAAGUCCCAGCCCUGGGAGAUGUGUGGCCCACUCUGGAAAGACCUUUUGCGCUUGGCUGAACAUGAUGGAAUGAACCCUGACCAAGAUCUGUCUGUUUGUGGGGCAGACCUGCAUCGGCACCAAAAGGAGCAGAUUGAAGACAGAUUUUCCAGAAGGGAUGAGGGGAGUCCUUCCUUUCCAGUGAACGACAGCGUUCACGUGGCAGGGAGUAGCUUCACAUGCAGCAAAGGCAGGGAGGACUUCCCAGCCAGCACAGGCCUUCUCCAGCACCUGACCCCUCACCAUGCACUGAAACCAGACAGGGACACUGAGCAUGGGGAGACCUUUGAAGCUGGACAGAAUGAUUACAAGUGCACUGAGUGUGGGAAAGCCUUCAGCCAAAAACAGGUCCUUGCUGAGCACCAGAAGAUUCACACUGGAGUAAGACCUUAUGAAUGCAGCAAAUGUGGGAUGGCCUUCAUUAGAAAGUUUCACCUUGUUCAGCACCAGAAAAUUCACACCGGAGAAAGGCCUUUUAAGUGCAAUGAAUGUGGGAAAUUCUUUAGGUACAACUCCACACUCAUUAGUCACCAGAGAGUUCACACUGGAUUAAGCCCUUAUGAGUGUAGCAAAUGUGGGGAGUUCUUUAAGUACAAUGCCAACUUCGUGAAACAUCAGAGAAUCCACGACGGAGAAAGGCCUUACGAAUGCAGAGAAUGUGGAAAAUUCUUUAGGUACAACUAUCGAUUGAUACGACAUGAGAGAGUUCAUACUGGAGAAAGGCCUUAUGAAUGCAGUGAAUGUGGGAAAUUUUUCAGGUACAGCUCCACAUUCAUUAGACACCAGAGAGUUCACACUGCAGAAAAGCCUUAUGAGUGCAGUGAAUGUGGAAAAUUCUUUAGGUACAAUUCCACACUCAUUAAACAUCAGAGAGUUCACACUGGAGAAAGGCCUUAUGAGUGCAGUGAGUGUGGGAAGUUCUUUAGGUAUACCUCCACACUCAUUAGACAUCAGAGAGUUCACACUGGAGAAAGGCCCUAUGAGUGCAGCUUAUGUGGUGAAUUCUUUAGGUACAAGUCCAAGCUUAUUAAGCAUUGGCAGAGUCACACUGGGGAGAGGCCUUAUGAGUGCAGCGAAUGCGGGAAAUCCUUUAGGUACCACUGCAGACUUAUUAGACAUAAGAGAGUUCACACUGGAGAAAGGCCUUAUGAGUGCAGUGUCUGUGGGAAAUUCUUCCGGUAUAACUCCAAUCUCAUUAAACAUUGGAGAAAUCACACUGGAGAGAGGCCUUACGAGUGCAGCGAAUGUGGGAAAGCCUUCAGCCACAAGCAUAUACUUGUCGAGCAUCAGAAAAUCCACACUGGGGAAAGGCCCUAUGAGUGCAGCAAAUGUCAGAAGGCCUUCAUUAGAAAGUCCCACCUCGUUCAUCACCAGAAAAUCCACAGUGAAAACAGGUCUGUGAGCACCAUAAAUAUGGGGAAAUCUUGAGAUACAACUUGAAGCCACUGACCAGAGAAUUCCAUUGGCAAACUCAGGAGUGCGGAGAAUAGGGUGAAACUUUAGGCACUACUCUAAACUCAGUACCCGGAGGAGCGCCUUACGAGGACAGCGGAUAUGCAGCAUGGUUUUGGUACGGCUUGCCACUCAUUAGGCAUCAAGAGGUCAUGGGAAGAAGGCCUUCUGAGGGCCGUCAGUGCGUAGCCUUAGCACAACUCCAGCCUCAUUACACAUCAGAGAAUUCAUGAUGGAAAAAGACCCUAUUUGUGCAGCAGACAGAGGCCUUUGUUCAUCUCAAACUCCAACCUUGUUCCUCACCGAGAAGUUCACACUGCACCAAAGACCAUUGCAGAGGGGGAAAGACUUCAGCCAAAUAUCUGCUCUGACCUGUCCUGCUGAAAGACACUUCAUUUCACAUUUAUGUUGGGGCAAAGUGCAUGUAGCAGUUUACCCUGUCUUUGAAUUGCACAGUUUAGUAGUUUCAAAAAUUCACAUAUUUAUGCAACUAAUUUCCAGAAUUCCCUUCAUCUGGCAAAACUGAAACUGUAUCCAUGGAGCAACUCCUCCUGCCCCUCCUGACCACCCCCGGCAGCUAUGGUUUUUACACCCCGUCUCUGUGAACUUUACUGCUCCAGAUACUAUAUGUCAGAGGAAUCAGUAUUGGUCUUUUUGAGACUGGCUUGUUUUUCUUGGCUGGAUUUCUCCAUUUAUCCAGCAUUUCCUUCUCUGAGCAUUUCCUUCUGUUUUGAGAAGGGAUCAGAGUUAACAAACCUAAGAUACAGGGAAGGAUGUUGAUGGAGUCAGUACAACUUUGCCAGAUGUUAUAUGAUUUCCAGAGGAAGAGGAGAUCCAGAUUUUAUAUGGAAUCUUUAUUUCUAAACAGCUUUACGGAGAUAUUGACAUAAACUACAUUUAUUAAAAGUGCAAACUAUAUUUUCUUAUAUGUGUGCACAGUGGGAGCAUCAUUGGAGUCACCAUGACUGAUCCAUAGGCCCUGUAGUUUCCAUUAGCCCCAUUUCUAUUCUCUCUCCCAGCCCUACCCACUUGCCAGCCCUGGGUGGCACUUCAGUUUGCAUUUGCUAGAAUUUUAUAUAAAGGGAAUCCAACAGUUAACUCCUAAAUAGCUGUUUUCACUAAGUGCAUAUAUGUAUUUUUAGUAUUAUCCAUGUUGUGUGUGCAAAAGCGUGGCAUUCAAUUACAAGCAAGGCUCUGUGGCAUAUGUUAGAGCCGCAUUGUCUAUACAACAAAGGUGGUCAUCACUGAGUGAAAGAGUUGUUUAGAACGGGAGAGUGAGGGGCGCCUGCGGGGCUCAGUCAUUCAGUGCUUGCCUUCCGCUCAGGUCAUGAUCCAAGGAUCUUGGGAUCGAGCCU